AUGUCUAAGAAGGGAAACACUUUGAAGCAGGAUCUCUCUGUCAAGUCCGGACAGAAGACUGUCAUCACCGGACCCGCUGGUGCCAAGAAGGAGAAGGCUGCCACCGCUGCCGCUGCUGUCAAGAAGGGAACCAUGAAGAAGACCGCUCGCAAGAUCAGAACUAAGGUCAUCUUCAGACGCCCAAAGACCCUCCACCUGGCCAAGAGCCCACUCUACCCAAGAAACUCGGUCAAGAGAGCCUCCAAGAUGGAUCAAUUCAGAGUCCUGAAGGCCCCACUCACCACCGAGUCUGCCACCAAGCAGAUUGAGGCCAACAACACUAUCACAUUCAUGGUCGACAUGUUCUCCAACAAAUACCAGAUUGCUCAGGCCGUCAAGAAGAUGUACGAGGUCGAUGUUGCCCGCGUCAACACCGUCAUCACCCCACUCGGUGAGAAGAAGGCUUUCGUCACCCUGGACCCAGCUCACGACGCCGCCGACGUUGCCAACAAGAUUGGUUUGAUCUAA